GGGGUAGCUCGAUUUAGUCGGGGAAUAGUUGGUUUGGUGUGUUGAAGAAGCUUCAGUUUGGUAGGAUUUGUCAAAACAGAUUUGAAGUUAGGAGAGACAGGUGGGUGGUGAUCCAUUGUCGUUUCUUGAGUUAGGAAUUGAUUUUCGUUUCUUGAAGUUUGGUGAUCGAAUUCAAUUUGCCUGAUUGGGUUCUUCGAGUUCAGUCGCCGUCGUUUUGGUGUUGAGGCCUGGGAAUGCGACUGAGGAACACACCAUCAUCUGCUGAAUUGAAGAUCUCAGGACUAGUAGCCUGUGUUUUGGUGUUGAGGCCUGGGAAUGCGACUGAGGAACACACCAUCAUCUACUGAAUUGAAGAUCUCAGGUAGUGGUAAUGAAUGGAUUUGGAUCAAUAGAGGCUUGAGAAGAGAUGGAGAUCAAUUUUCUUUCUAUGAUCCAUUUUUGUUGCUUGUGUUCAGAAUUCUGGAGUGUUUGAAACCGAUUUGGUUUGAAGAAACAGUCGGGGACUGCUCAAAGAUUUCCGUUACUGGACGUUGUCAGCCUCCCUCCUCUCUCUCUCUCUCUCUAGUGAAUGACAUAGAGCUUAUUGUUUUGAUUGUGAACCAACUGAGCAGCAACAGCUGCAGAGCAAGACACCAUAUCACCAAGCUCCACCAAACUGAAGUUUACAGCAACCUAAAGAGAGUACCUUGAAGGAGCUUUACAAAGAAGCCUGUGCAAAGAGACUAAAGAGAACCUGGGAGCUUCAGCACCAUGGACAGGGUACAAAUCAAAGUACGAGGCAAGUUCCUUGUGGUGGAUCUAGACAUCGCCUAUCGUAUUUGGGGUAUCAAGGAAUAUAUUCAUAAUGGUGACUUCAAGAGCCAGGUGCCAUAUUUGCAAGAUUUUAUAGUCGAAGGAGCAGCUCAAUUUGUAACCAAUAGAAGGCAGACAAAUGCGCAUUCCUCAUACAUAUGACUUCAUCAUAGAGUUCCGAUUUUCUUAUGCAAACUAGAUUCCAUUAUAAAGGUGCACUUGGUGUCUUGAUCAUGUUUGAGAAUCCUAUAAAUAUAGCUGGUUUACAAGUUGUUUUCAGCGUGUAAUAAAUCUUGUAGCUUAUUCAAUCACAAGGAGAUAUAACCGGGAGGUUCUCUUAUCUUUUCA